UUCUCCUGGUGGUCAUUUUGAACUCUUUGUUCUGUUAAGGUAGUUAGAGGCUCUGGUGCUCAGCGUCCCUAUUAGGACGAGGCACCAGAAGCCGUGUCCCCGCUGUGCAGGGGUGUGUCUGAGGCUUGAUUAGCUGCAACAGGCGGGAUUGAGGUCUCCGUGCCUCCCAGAUUCCGUUUUGCUUACAGACUUCAACUCAGCCUUCAUCCUUGGGUCCAGGCGUCUGUCAGGUCCUGCAGCCCAGGUUGCAGCGUCCAGAACCGAUAUGAACUUUGAAGACUUGGCCAUUGCCUUCUCUCAGGAGGAGUGGAAUCUUCUUGAUGAGGAUCAGAGACUUCUGUACUGCGAAGAGAUGCUGGAAGUUUUUGCACUUGUAUCAUCUGUAGGUUGUUGGCAUAAAAUGGAUGAGGAGGAGGUGCCUCCUGAGCAGAGUGUAUCUGUAGGAGAGUCACAGGUCGGGGUUUCUAAGACAGCUCCAGCAACCCAGAAGACCUACCUGUGUAAGUGGUGCUUCUCAGUUUUAAAACAUAUUUUGCACCUGACAGAGUUACAAGCAGCAUACUGUGAGCAGAAAGCCUUCUUCAGUGAAGCAUCUGUAAAAGACUUCUUUUUAAGUGCAAACUGUCACCAGCAGCAAAGAAAUGCCAGUGGAGAGAAGCCCUGGAAAGAAGAUAUGGACAGGGCCUCGUUUGUGUCCAGGUGCAGCUUCUAUUUAACAUGGGUGCCUUCAACCAGUAGGGAGGUUGGCAAAGACCUGCCAGCCAUCUCAGAUAUUCUCCAACACCAGGCUACAGUUAGCACUGAGGAGCCACACAAUAGCAGUGAGAUUUCCCAUGAAUUUCUUGGUGGAAAAAGUCAUCACCAAUGUGUUGAAUGUGAAAAAGCUGCCAACAUCUACCAGAAGGUUGUUCAGCAUCUGGGUGUCUGCUCUGGAGAAGUGAAUUAUGAGUGUAACAAAUGUGGGCAAGGUUUUAGACAAAUGUUUAACCUCAUUCAACAUAAGGGAGUUCACAAUGGACAAAAGCCCUAUGAGUGUAGUGAUUGUUGGAAGUUCUUCAGAAAUAAGUCUAACCUCAUUCAACACCAAAGAGUUCACACUGGAGAAAAGCCAUAUGAGUGUAGUGAUUGUGGGAAGAUCUUCAGCCAAAGUUCUACGCUCAGUCAACACAAAAGAGUUCACACUGGAGAAAAGUCUUAUGAGUGUACUUACUGUGGAAAGGCCUUCCGUGAAAAGUCUCACCUCAUUAAACACUACAAAGUUCACACUGGGGAAAAGCCCUAUGAGUGUACUUACUGUGGAAAGGCCUUUCGUGAAAGGUCUCACCUCAUUAAACACUGCAGAGUUCACACUGGAGAAAAGCCCUAUGAGUGUAGUGCCUGUGGGAAGUCCUUCCGUCAAAGAUCUACCCUCACUAAACACCACAGAGUUCACACUGGAGAAAAGCCCUAUGUGUGUAGUGACUGUGGGAAGUCCUUCCGUCAAAGAUCUACCCUCACGAAACACCUCAGAGUUCACACUGGAGAAAAGCCCUAUGAGUGUAGUGACUGUAGGAAGUCUUUCAAUCAAAGGUCUCACCUCAUUAAACACUGCCGAGUUCACACUAGAGAAAAGCCCUAUGAGUGUAGUGAAUGUGGAAAAUCUUUCAGCCGCAAACCUAGCAUAGUUAGACACCUGAGAGUUCAUUCUGGAGAAAAGCCUUAAAUGUGCCAGGAGUGUUUUAUUUUUGUCACUCAGAAUAGCAGUACUGAAAGAGACUCUUUAACACCCAUUUACCAAAAUAUAAACCUCUUUUAAUGAAAAAUACCCUCUGCUAGGUUACCCAUAAUUUUUAGGUACAAGGUACAAGUGAGGCUUUAAGGAGCUUCAUUAUACUUGUAACCUACCCAGGCCUACUACCCGAUUGAUGUCACUGUGUGUACUUGUGGCUGAAGUUAUUUCACCUCUACCACCUGGCUCACUUAUGCAGUGUGCAUCAGUCACAACCCCUGUUUGCUCAGGGAAAAUGAAUUAUGUCUUAUCACUUCUAAUGAUGAAAUGAAGAAACUAUCUCUUGGCAGGAUCUGCAUUCCAUUCUCUGACUAGGGAAUUGACCAGACCCAGAGUUCAUCCAGAACACCAAUCCUCAGCUAACAAAUGCUAGCUCUUUCAGGGACAUUGUGGUUCUCACAUCAUGCUGUGAUGAAUUGUUUCAGGUUCUAAUUCACAAACCUGCAAACUGCUUGCUGUAUACUAGUCUGGUUUAUGAUCCUUUAGUAAAGGUGUUUUUUUCUUUUGUAACUUAAAUUUUAUGAUUCUGUUCACUCCCUGGGGUGAUUUGAAAGCACAAUUGUAAACACAGAGCAUGUAGAUAUUAUGGGGAUCCCAAACUUUCUGUGCUUUGGAAGGCACAACAUGAUGACAGAAAAUCACUUGGUCCAAUGUUGGCCUAUUCUGCAUUGCUGCCCAUGGCCUUGAAAGAAAGAACUGCAUGACUGUGGUUCUAAGUUGCAGUCUGGUACCUCGAUUGUUGGGGAGGUCAGUGGUCACCCAGAAGAGAAGGCCUUUGCUGUGCUUCUGUGAACAAUGUGAAUUAUAUUAUCUGUGCACAGUAUGUAUUACAUAAGUCUCAGCAAUGUUAAGGGGAAGUCCUCUCCAUGUACUGCAAAGGAGCCAUGUAGGAAAUUUCUUUGGCUGGUGUCAUUUGUUGUAAGACUCUGAGGUGAAACUAAUAUUGGUACAGAAACUCUAUUUUCAUAGUGAUGGGAGAGACUGUAACAAAUCAGAUGAAAAAUGCCUCUUCUGAAUGCAAAUCCACAAAUGAUCCAGGGCCUGUGGCUUGUGUGAUCUUUGUGUAAAGACAUUCUCAGGACCUCCAUAACUGUUUCCUGUAGCUGAAGUCAUUGACAGAGAAAAUGAUCCAACGGUUCUGUAGAUUCCCCUGGCCUCUGUAGGAUGUUCACCUCAAGGUUUUCUCAACAGGCAAGAACUCCAAGCCAGAGAAAGGAUAGUCCUGUAAUCAGUCCCAGGAUGUGUCUUAGUGACCAGUCAGCAUUCCUGUUGGUUCCAAGGGCAAUAGUCUUCGCUGCUGCCAAUAUUUGCUGCCACUGAGGCAAGGCUGUUCCUCCCAGGAAAUGAGAACUGACAUGCAACUAAGGACACUUUUCUAACUGUACUAUUUGGUGAGCCUUGACAUAGGGAUAAAUCUGUGAAACCAUCUCAUGUGAAAUAAAUUUAUCU